AUGCCUCCUCAACUCCGAACCAGAAGAACCAAACAACAAAACCCAAACCCGAACCCGAAUCUUAACCCGAUCACAAAACCCGAUACCGCUCGUGGUAGAAGAGGUAGGCCAGCGAGAAACCGCAACAUCGCUUUCGCACGUGAUGAUCAAAUCGAUAACCGUUUCCUUGUAAACAACUCUAACGAAGAAAACGAACCUCACGUGCCUCCGCUUAGGUUUUGUAGAGAUAUUAAGCAGGAUAUUAUGGAUGAUAACCGUGAUAGCGGUGGUCGGAGUCCCGGUAAAGCUCCGGUAGCUGAAGAUGAAGGAAGUACACCUCCCAUUCCUGAAAAAGUUCAAGUAGGUGGUUCACCGUUGUAUAGAGUAGAUAGAAAGCUUGGGAAAGGAGGGUUUGGACAAGUUUUCGUAGGUCGCCGUGUUGGUGCUGGAGCUGGAGCUCUUGAGGUAGCUCUGAAGUUUGAGCACAAAAGCAGUAAAGGGUGUAAUUAUGGACCUCCUUCCGAGUGGCUGGUUUACAAUGUAUUAGGUGGUAGUCAUGGUGUCCCACGAGUUCAUUACAAGGGACGGCAAGGUGAUUUCUAUGUUAUGGUCAUGGAUAUUCUUGGCCCUAGUUUAUGGGAUGUAUGGAAUAACAAGACACACACGAUGUCUGCUGAAAUGGUGGCAUGUAUAGCAAUCGAGGCUAUCUCCAUAUUAGAGAAGAUGCAUUCUAGAGGAUACGUGCAUGGUGAUGUAAAACCAGAGAACUUUUUGCUUGGUUGUCCGGGAACUCAUGAAGAGAAAAAGCUUUUUCUGGUUGAUCUUGGAUUAGCAUCCCGUUGGCGUGAUAAUUCGACCGGUCUUCAUGUUGAGUACGAUCAACGUCCAGAUGUAUUUAGGGGAACGGUUCGUUAUGCUAGUGUACAUGCUCAUCUUGGUAGGACAGGUAGCAGAAGGGAUGAUUUAGAAUCUCUUGCUUACACACUAAUUUUCCUUCUUCGUGGACGGUUACCUUGGCAAGGAUAUCAGGGAGAAAAUAAAGGAUUUCUUGUCUGCAAGAAGAAAAUGGCCACCUCACCAGAAAAUAUGUGUAUCCUUUGUCCUGCACCUUUUCGGCAGUUUAUUGAGUACGUAGUGAAUUUGAAGUUUGACGAAGAACCAAAUUAUGCCAAGUACAUAUCACUUUUCGAUGGAAUUGUUGGUCCAAAUCCCGACAUUAGACCCAUAAACACCGAUGGUGCACAGAAGCUAAUAUAUCAGGUUGGACAUAAGAGAGGCCGAUUGACCAUGGAAGAAGAUGAUGAUGAGCAUCCAAAGAAGAAAGUUAGAAUAGGAAUGCCAGCAACCCAAUGGAUUAGUGUGUACAGUGCACGCCGACCUAUGAAGCAAAGGUACCAUUACAAUGUUACUGAUAUGCGGUUGUCCCAACACAUUGAGAAGGGGUAUGAAGAUGGGCUGUUCAUCAGCAGUGUAGCUUGCUGUUCUAACCUUUGGGCACUGAUUAUGGAUGCUGGCACUGGUUUCACUGCACAAGUUUAUGAACUCUCAUCCCACUUUCUUCACAAGGAAUGGAUUAUGGAACAGUGGGAAAAAAAUUAUUACAUUAGUGCCAUAGCAGGAUCUAAUAGUGGGAGCUCGUUGGUUGUAAUGUCGAAAGGGACCCAAUACUUGCAGCAAUCUUACAAGGUCAGUGAAUCAUUUCCAUUCAAGUGGAUUAAUAAAAAAUGGAAAGAAGGAUUUUUUGUCACUGCUAUGGCCACUUCUGGAAGUAGAUGGGCAAUUGUUAUGUCGCGUGGUGCUGGAUUCUCAGAUCAGGUUGUGGAGCUUGAUUUCUUGUAUCCUAGUGAAGGCAUUCAUCGAAGAUGGGACAACGGUUACCGCAUCACUUCAACUGCUGCUACAUAUGACCAGGCUGCUUUUGUUCUUAGUAUUCCAAGAAAAAAACUGGCUGAUGAAACUCAAGAAACACUCCGUACAUCUGACUUUCCUAGUACUCAUGUCAAGGAAAAAUGGUCAAAGAACCUCUAUAUUGCAUCUAUUUGUUAUGGAAGAACUGUUUGA